AAUGGUUCUCCAAGUCCAGGCGGUGGAUGGAGUGGACAGAGUUAGCUUAACUCCGGCGUCCAACGCCGACGAGCCCUUCGACAGAGCCGCCGAACUGAAACUUUUCGACGACACCAAAGCCGGAGUUAAAGGCCUAGUCGACAGCGGCCUAACUGAGAUCCCGCGGAUAUUUUACCGGCCGCCGGAUCCCUGCCAGACCCAUGUUUCCGGCAAAGCGCAACUGAGCAUUCCGGUGAUAGACCUCGAAGGCAUCGACGGAGAUCCAUCGAAACGCAGAGACGUGGUGGAGAGAGUCCGAGAAGCGUCUGAGAAAUGGGGUUUCUUCCAACUGCUCAACCAUGGGGUUCCGGCCAGUGUUGUGGAGGAGAUCAAAAAUGGGACACGCAGAUUUUACGAACAAGAUACCCAAAUCAAGAAGCAACACUACACUCGCCACAACACAAAAUCCAUGGUUUACAACAGUAAUUUCGAUCUCUACACCGCACCCGCCGCCAAUUGGAGAGACACCUUCCUCUGUUUCAUGGCCCCUAAUCUUCCCAACCCUCAAGACCUGCCCGAAGUUUGCCGAGAGAUCUUAUUCGAGUACUCAAAGGAAAUGAAGAAACUGGGGAGAGUUUUAUUCGGGCUACUGUCGGAGGCUCUUGGCUUGAACACGAACCACCUGAGCGACAUGGAAUGCGACAAGGGUCUAGGUAUUUUGUGCCAUUAUUAUCCAGCAUGUCCGCAGCCAGAGCUCACUUUGGGCACGACAGAACACGCCGACAAUGAUUUCUUGACAGUUCUUCUUCAAGACCAAAUCGGAGGCCUUCAAGUUCUUCACGAGAACAAAUGGGUUGAAAUUCCCCCAACUCCCGGUGCCUUCGUCGUCAACAUUGGCGAUCUUCUGCAGCUGAUUUCAAACGAUAGGUUCAAGAGCGUGGAACAUCGAGUGCUGGCGAAUCGGGAAGGUCCGAGAGUGUCAAUUGCUAGCUUCUUUGGCAUCGGGGUUUAUCCGACUUCCCAAGUUUAUGGACCCAUAAAGGAACUGUUGUCGGAACAAAAUCCUCCCAAGUACAGAGAAACCACGCUCAAAGACUUCUACCUUCACUUCAAUGGCAGAGGCUUGGAUGGAACUUCUGCUCUGCAACAUUUCAGGCUCCGUCCCGACGGUGAAGCUGAUGCUUAAUUGCAGCGAAUUAGUCAAUCUUCUGAAAUUCAGAAAAUCUUUCAGAGUCCAUUGUUUCUUAAUUUUGGAAAUCCUUUUAGAAGUAUUCGUGCCAUGUUUUCUCUUCUCAUCAAAAUUAUUACUUGAUGGCUUAUGUAAUGACUGAUUAUUUUAGUCUUACACUGCACCAAUAUGAUUAUAUGAACCGAGCAGACAGAUCUAGAUUCACAAUA